AUGGGCAGCUGUCUUUCGUGCAGCAAAGCAUCAUCACUACUGAGAUCAAUCCAUUCAUCUACGGAUUUCGAGGUGGCUCUGCUUCAACACAAGCUUCUGGUGGCGGUUUUUUCAGCUCCAUGGUGUCUGACUUGCCAGGUGUUCGCACCAACCCUGGAAGACCUCGCUGCAGACUACCAAGAAGUUACCUUCUUAAAAAUUAACAUUGAUGUCUGCAGUGAUUUGGUUGAGGAGUAUGAGGUGUGGUGGUUGCCAACUGUGAUCAUAUUUCGGGAUGGCGUCCAACGCGGACGUUUUGGGAUCGGCCAGGAGCAUCAGUUGAGGGAGGCACUGAGGGCGAAUCUGGUCACCUGA